AUGGCUGUCCAGAAACUUGUGUACACCUCAUUGAUCGUUGCUCUUCUUGCGGUUGUGUACUCGGCUAGUUCUCGAUUCGCAAACAUCCCGAAAGCUCCCUUCGACAACCCUUGUAAACGCCCGCCUUAUACGGUCCGGACAUUGUCUUACGACCCACUCAUUCAACAUCUCGAAAACUUCAUCACACCCCAAGAAUCUCGACACCUGGUCGCCAUUGCGCAACCUAGGUUCGAGCGGUCUCUUGCCAUCAGAACGGACGGGCGAUCUGUGGCCGCCGAAGAGAGGACGAGCUCCACCGCUUACCUGCCGCCAGACGACCCUGUCGUUCAAUGUAUCACGUCCAGGGCUUCCGAGUUCCAGGGAUACGUGGAUACUGGCAUGAUGGAAGACCUCCAAGUCACGCGGUAUCUGGAGGGACAACAGUACACGAAUCACUAUGACUGGGCAGCCAACCCUGCCGCGAGAAACCAGACGACAAACCGGGAAACAACUUUCUUUGCCGUCCUCGAUGUCGACUGUGCCAGCUGCGGGACCAGGUUCCCCAAGAUCUCGGUCGACUGGGCUCUCGAAGACCCAAAGUGGUGCGAGUUCGUUGAUUGCGCGGCUUCUACGGCGCUGACCGUUCGGGCGGUUCCCGGGAGUGCUGUCUUUUGGCGCAACCUUCACGCCGACGGAGCCGGUGACUUGCGAACGCUGCAUGCCGGCUUACCUGCGGUGGGAGGCAAGAAGAUUGGGUUAAACAUCUGGACCCGUCGGGAGAUUUAG